UAACGCGGUUAGCGAUCUUGCGAUGAAGGACUUGGCGGCCCAGGUCGUCGGCGCCGUGCACGAGGAGACUCUGGACGCCGAGCUCUUGGCCGCGGUCGUCGCUGCCUCCCAGGCGCACCCCGAUGCAGUCCCUCUCUUCUUCGAAGGCAUCGCCCACAUGCUCGCCUUCGGCCACCCGUCGUCCAGCAGCAGCUCCGAGUCCGACUCGGACGACGACGCAUCCUCGGGCUCGGAGCCCGAGACCAUUGGCACAGCGAGCUGCAUCGACAUCGAGUGUACGCUGAAUGAAGCGCAAGUCGUCGUCCUCCUGCAGUAUGCGCUGCCGCUUUUGACGUCGUCCAGUCUCGCGCCGUACGUGUCGCCCUGGGGCGCCUUGGCCCUUCUGUGGUGCGAGCGCGGUAUGUCGCUAGCUCUGCACGAGCUCUUGAAGCCGUUUCUUCAGAGCGUGUGCCGAUGCCAGGCCUUAGACACGACACUGCGUGGUCCGCUCGUACUGGACCGGCUCGUCGCGCUUGUCCUUCGACUCGCGUCGCCCGAGCAAACGACCGGCUACGCGGUGCUCCUGAGUCUUCUGCAAAACAUCCCCAGCGCCGUCUUUGCAGCGAUGAAUGCGUGCGUGGCCACGGCAGCAGCCCGCGUCGCCGUCGUUCUCGGAUGCCUCGCGACACGAACCGUAUUUCCCACAGCGACCUUCUACGCAAGCCCGCUCUGGCCCACAAUGUUGCACGCGGUCAAAGCCAGCAAGAGCGUGGAGACGCUUGUCCCGUGUCUAUGGCUGCUCACCACGCUGCUUCCGUCGCUCACAAAGGCUGAAGAAAACGUAACCCGCGUGUUGCAGGCCCUGCGCCACGCGAUCGAGUUGUGUGCGCCGACGACCGACGAGAGCUCAAAGCCGAGCUCGGCUCGCGGCGUCAUCGAUCUCUUCUCGACAGCGCAGAGGCCGCUUCUCACGGAAAAAGCCACCAACGCGUGCAUUGCGCCGACACCGGGGCGUCCGUGGCGCAUCACCGCCGUCGACGGCCUCUGCUCCUCCGGAACAGACUGCCUCCACUCGCUGCGUCUCACGACCCGGGAUCUCGGGAGCGGCGAGGUCACUACCCACAAGAUUGGCGUCGAGGACGAAUGCUUGCCGACGCAGACGCUGGCCUUUGCCUCCGACGAGGUUCUCACGGCCAUUGACGUUGGCACAGACGCUACUGGCGCCGUCUGCGGUCUUCGAUGCACCACUACAAAACGCACGUACGACUGGCUCGGUCUAGCAUCGACGUCGGCGCGUCGGUGGAUCGGUGGCGACGAGAUCAUCGGUGUGAGUGCUCUUGUCCAUGCUAAUGGUCUCUGGCGCCUCCACGCGAUCUCGUCGGGACCGACCCCGCAGGCGCUGACGUACAUCUCAGGUAUCUUCCAACACGUGUACGCAUCGAGUCCAUGGGCGUGCGUGGACUUUCUUCGUGGCGCCACCACGGCGGUGACGACGCCACUGCUUCGCGCCUUGUGCCUCCAAGUCCGACUCCACCCGGGUCUGGUGUCAUCGUCGCCGAUCGAAGAGAGUGACGUGGCCAUUUGUGCUGCGUGGGUCUCGGAUCCGUGCCUCGCACAGUUUCAGGACGCGGUCGGUACUCGGCAGGUCGAGGCUAUGCAAAGGCUCCAGCAUAAGCUACUCGAGAGCGACUACGCUGCCAAGGAGGCGACGACGCAGCUCCAUUUGCAGGUCGAGAAGGACACGGUGACGGCUCUCCACGGACGCAUCCACGCACAGUCGGCCACGAUCCAGGCGUACGAAGAAAAGCACAUCAAGAUGCACCAAGCGCUGCAGCUCCGAUUGGCGCAGUACGCGCUCGAGUGCAAGCUUCUGAAAGAAAACAACCUGACGCUGCGCCACGAAGUGCAGACGCUCGAAGCGGCGCUCUCGCGCACCGAAGCCGCGCUGCAGCAUGCAACAGCCCAGAGCAUCGCGCUGCUGGGCGAAAACGAACAUCAACGGACCCAGCUCGCCAACUGGAGCGAGACUGCAGACAAGUGCGCGAGUCUGGAGCGCCAAAUAGCAGAGUGGCAUGAGUACCACGCGUCGACGCUGGGAAGCGAACGUGACGCGCGCGCGGCGGAGCGUGAAGAGCUCGUUGCGAUCUACGAAGAGAAGCUCUUCAAGGCGCGGGACCGCAUCGAAGCGCCGACAAAGCCAAGUAGUGGUUUAGAGAACCUGACCGAGGACCGCAGUCGCUUGCUCGAGCUCGAAAAACUGCUCAAGCAAAAGGAGCAAGGGACGCAAGCGCUCCGGGCGAUGCUCGAGCGCCAGCAAAGCGUAUCGGAAGAGAUGCUCAAGGCCGUGAACCGCAAGUAUGACAACGUCAAAGCCAUCAACCUUGCGCUACAGAGGCGCGCGCUUGGCCGAUCGUCAGGCCUUGGAAACUAAUGACGAUGGGUAUAUAUGUCGUAUCGAUAGUAGAGUAGUAUUGAUGGUUCAUUGUCCGUGGAUCAAAGCCUGCGACUUACUGCGACCGGA